AUGAACUCGAUUCGUGUGGUGUUGGCGGUUACGGUGAAGGAGAAGUACGUGACAGAGCAGUUGGAUGCGGACACGGCAUUUCUCAACAGCGAUCUCAAGGAACGCGUGUACAUGGAGGUGCCGUAUGGCAUUGAAGACGCCGGGGGUUACAUGUGCAGACUCGACAAGGCGAUCUACGGAUUGAAGCAAGCGGCGAGCGCAUGGAACAAGACGAUCCAUCGCGUCCUCAUGAAGCUUGGCUUCAAGAGCUGCGGGGCAGACCAGUGCGUGUACGUCAAAGAGUGCAAGGGCAACUUGAUAUACGUAUGCCUUUACGUCGAAGACAUGAUCAUCGCGGCAAAGACGAGCGAGGAAAUUCAGGACGUCAAGUUGGGACUCAAGAAGGCGUUUAUGAUGAAGGAGCUCGGCGAAGCUAAUUUCAUCUUGGGGAUGAAAAUCGACCACCAGAGGUCAGCGAAUUUACUGACCAUCAAGCAAACGCGCUACAUUGACGACGUGGUGGAGCGCUUCAAUCAGCAGGACGCCAAGGCUGUGGAGAAUCCGUGCGAGUCGGGCUCAAGCUGUCGAAGUUUCAAUCGCCGACCACGGAUGCGGGCAGAAACGAGAUGCGGAAGAAGCCGUACCGAUCGCUGA